CUUAAUUCACUGUCAGAUAAUUCUUUAUUGAUACAUUUGUUCUGACGACUAUUAAUCACGUGCCCACAGCAAGUAAAAAAAAACGUGGACCCCAGAAAUUACCACUUUGUUUUCACUGAAGAAAUUGACCUUCGAUGAAGGGAGGGAAAAUGUGGUGCCCAGUGCUACUUCAAUGUCAGCAAACAUCCCUGGAAGCGCCUGUUUAUUCGGUUUGCCCUAAAUUAAUCGUUUCUCGGUAUCUUCUCAAGAACCCUUUGUUUGUGGGACGGCGGGUCUGUGGAGCUUUGUCUAUUCGUGGAAAUGCCACCCCAGGACUCCGCCCGAGCUGGGGGUGGGGAAGGAGCCCGGCGAGAAGAGAUCGACUGAGCAUUAAAGUGAGUGAACAAAGAGAAGUCCCGGAAGCGCGCGCCAGCGCCUCUCGGAGCUGCAUCAAGAGACUCCGCUGGGUCAGACUGAGGAUGCAGGCAGCUCCAACCGGCCUCCCAAGGAAAAUAGCGCAAGUAAAUAAUUGAUGGAGAUUGAUCGGACCCGAGACAAAGCUUUGCAGGAAGCCAAUGCAUCCGAUUCUAAGCGGUUUUGGAGUCUUCUGCCAAUUGCAGGAAAUGGAGAGAGGAAUUUGAUGAGCCCCGCUGAUAAAUCUGCAUCUUGGGCGUGGCUCUGGCCUUUUUGUCUUUUUGCCUCCCACCCGCAACUCCAGUUCCCCAUUCUCACCUUCUCUUUUCUGUUUAAAUAACCACUCCGGUUACUUCUCUCCUGUCUUCCCUUCAAUCCCGCCCUCUUUCCAGCCCAGUCCGGUGAGGUCAGCUCAUGAAUACCGCUGCACUUCCUGGGGAGCGUCUGGCACUGCUUGGCACCCCGGGUAUUGCCUGCUGCAUUUGCAGCCCAGCCAACCAAGCAUCGCCGCCGGCUUCCUAGCUCCCAGAGCUCCGAGUCUUUGUGGUUACCGCCUUUGUUCGGAGAAACCGAGUGGGUGUGGAUCCAGUGCAAGCAAGCGUGCCCAGCGAGAAAUUCACCUAUAACACUACGAACUUGAACUUUCUCUGGAAGGUAGAAAAUUAAAUUCGGAGGUCUCCGGAAAACCAGGAGGAAGGCAGUGUUGUUGGUUUGCAUCAACUUCCUGGAAGCAAAAGCCACUACAGAGAAGUGAGAUCUUCUGGAUUUCUAAAGAGAUGACGAUGAGAAACGGGCUUGCCCAGGAAGGUUGGUGGCAGGAAGGAGAGAAGAGGAUGAUCUAGAGAUGGACGCUUCCAAGUGGCAUCCAGUAGGUUCUCUUUAGACUGCCAUGAGUCAGCCACCAUCCGGGGGCGCUGCCCCAGCCGCAACCUCAGCUUCUGCCGCCGCCGCAGCCACGGAGGCUCGCAUGCACCCGGAGGGCAGCAGCAGAAAGCAGCAGCGAGCUCAAUCACCUGCUAGGCCUAGGGACAAUUCUCUCCGACAGGCCGCCGGGGCUGCGCGGUCGCCGCUUGGGGUCGGCCCUAAACUCAAUUCUGUUCGGCAGCAGCAGCUGCUGCAGCAGCAACAGCAGGGUAACAAGACAACCGGUCGAGGCGCCUCCGGGGCGGGCUCUAGAGGAUACGGAGGAGGGGCGGAGAAGGCGGCGCCCUCGCUACCAAAAGGGGCUGCUCCCGGAGCUGUCCAGCCGGCGCCUGGUGCUGAAGGGUCCCCCGCGGCGAUCCCAGGGGCUGUGAGCUGCAGGAGGUCUGGACUGCCUGUGGAGCCACCCCAGGAAAUAGAAUCGGGGCCCUCGAAAGUCGGGGAACCCCCUCCGCUCGGGGGAGGAGGAGGGGGCGGAGAAGGAGGAGGAGCCGGUGGUGGCCCGGGGGACCGGGAGGGGGGCGCUCCGCAGCCGCCGCCGCCCAGAGGUUGGCGAGGGAAAGGCGUCCGCGCUUCGCAGAGGGGUAUUAGCGGGGAGGGAGUCUCCCCUUCGCCACCCACCGCCGCUACAAGCAGAACCCCCGGCCCGGGCAGCAGAAACUCCGGGAGCGGCGGCACAGGGGGCGGCAGCGGUGGUGGAGGGAGCUACUGGAAGGAGGGAUGUCUGCAGUCUGAGCUCAUCCAGUUCCAUCUCAAGAAGGAGCGGGCUGCUGCGGCGGCGGCCGCGGCUCAGAUGCACACUAAAAACGGUGGCGGCGGUAGCCGCAAUUCCCCGGUCGCCGGAGCUCCUGCCAUCUGUGAGCCCCUGGUGGUCCCCUCCUUCUCCCCAAUGGCGGCUGCCGCCGAGGGCCCCCAGCAGAGCGCAGAGGGCAGCAGCAGCGCCGGGGCCAUGCAGGCGGCUGCCCCACCUUCGACCCAGCCGCACUCGCAGCAGCUCCAAGAGCAGGAAGAUAUGCAGGAGGAGAUGGAGAAGCUGCGGGAAGAGAACGAGACUCUCAAGAACGAGAUCGAUGAGCUGAGGACCGAGAUGGACGAGAUGAGGGAUACUUUCUUCGAGGAGGAUGCCUGUCAGCUGCAGGAAAUGCGCCAUGAAUUGGAGAGAGCCAACAAAAACUGCCGGAUUCUGCAGUACCGCCUCCGCAAAGCCGAGCGCAAAAGGCUCCGCUACGCGCAGACCGGGGAAAUUGACGGCGAGCUGUUGCGCAGCCUGGAGCAGGAUCUCAAGGUUGCAAAGGAUGUAUCUGUGAGACUUCACCAUGAAUUGGAAAAUGUGGAAGAAAAAAGGACCACAACAGAAGACGAAAAUGAGAAACUGAGGCAGCAGCUUAUAGAAGUAGAAAUUGCGAAGCAAGCCUUACAGAACGAACUGGAAAAAAUGAAGGAGAAUACUCUCCUGAGGAUCUCCCACGGCAGCCACUUCAGUCGAGUUCUGGUGAAAGGGUUUCUUUGCUUCCACUUGGGACCUACACAACUGCACCUCAGAGCGAUUCAUCUUGGUUCUGUCUUUUAGGGUGGGGCAUUUAAUGUUCUCUUUUUCAUGUUAGCUUUGUGAAUGAUGAAUGGUCUGGCUUUACUUACCACCCAUCUUCUGAAAGAAUGAUAUAGAAAUAAACAGAGAUGAGAAAAAAAAACAAAAAAAUUAUCAAUAAGUAAUUAGAGUCAUGAUAAACACAUUCACUGAACUAAAAAUAUUUUUUAUACCUACUUGAGUUAUUGGCAGUGUAAUGUAUGAGAAGUAUGAGUGAAAGUCAGCAAAAGCAGAAAUGGACUACUUGGGUAUAUAGUAUUUCAGGGAAAACCGUAGUCUUUGAAUGUACUGAAUAUGAAACCACUCAUGUCUGCCGUUCACAGUAAAAAUAUCAGCAAUGUGCUUAAAAAUCUAUGUGUAGGGAUUCUGAAAUGUUGUUAUUUUAGUGGAGUAAACUAUUCUUUGUGUUCUUUGUGCCCACUUACUCUUAUGUUACCUUAGUUUUAAGCACCUUUUCAAUUUUUUAAAAAGUAUUUCAUUCCUUAACUAAUUAAUUUUUUGAAAUGGGAUUUCUUUGUGUAGGUCUGAAACCCUACACAACUUAGGCUGACCUCAAGCUUGAGGUAUUCCUUCUAUCUCUGCUUCCCAAGGUCUGAGGUUUCAGAUGUGUACCAUGUACCCUUGACCUACACAUGCUCUUAACAUGGCAGUAUAAGGAAAUUACUAUUGUUGAUAUAUGCUUCUUGGCCACUAAUCUAGAGUGCCUCUGUGCUACAGUAGAAAAAAUAAAGAUUGAGAAUCAUGUAAUGUGCUUUUACCAGUAACUAACGGGGUGACCUUCAAAGGCUGCUGGCUUCUAUUUUUCUCUACUUAUUCUAAACUGUAAAGAUUGUUUCAAAUGUCUUUUCCUGUGAAAUAUUUUCUAUGUUUCGGUGUCUCUUCCUUGGACAAAUUUUAUCAUGCAGCCCAAGGCAUUGCCAUUUAGAGAAGAACACAUAUCUUUUUUCCCUGAAGUUAUAAAGUCAGUUAUGAAAUCAGUGUAUUGUCUUAAGCAAUAAUGCAUGGUAAAAAGUUUCAACGUUGUAUUGCGUUUCUGGGGAAGGAGGGAAUGAAGUAGGUAACUGAUUUAAUUUUCAAACACUGCAUUCAUAAAAUACCAGAUAAUUUACUUUCUCACUGUCCUGGAGGCCAAAGGUGCAAGGACAAGGUUUCAGCAGGACUGGUGCUUUCUGAGGGCUAUGAAGGAAGGAUCUGUUUGUAAGCCUCCCAUCUUAGCUUGUUGAUGGUUUCGUGUUCCCAUGGCAACCUCCCUAUGGCUACCAAGAAAGUAGCUACAGUGUCUGUGUGCAGGCCCCACCUCACUCACUAGAGCUCCCCCUCCUUCCUCCACCCCGUGUGUGUGAGUGUGUGUGUGUGUGUGAGUGUGUGUGUGUGUGUGUACACGUUGUAUUGAUAUUUGUGGAAGUUGAAGGUCAACCUCAGAUGGAAUUUUCCAUUUCUCAAAAUCUACCCACCUUGUUUGUUGAGACUGGCUUUCUCGCUGACAUCUAUGACUCAAGGACUAGGCUAGGCUGGUUCUCCAGGAAGCUCCAGCGAUCCUCCUACCUCCUCAGGGCAAGGCUUACAGAUAUGCACCACCACACUCAGGCUUACUAUAUGGUCUAAGAAUGUAACUCAGGUACUCAGGUUUGCAAGGCAAUCAAUCACCUUACUGUCUAACACAUUUCUCCAACACUUAAUACUUCCACAAGUCCUAUUAGACUAAAGUCCACACUAAUAUCUUUACUUUCAUUCAUUACCUUUGUAAAAAAAAAGUAUUUCCAAAUAAUUUUCUCCAACCUAGCAAUCAUCAUACCUGGGGAUCAAGAUUUUAGCAUGCGCUUGAAGAAGAAGGUAAAGGAAGAUCAUGGGAUUGCUCAGUGUGGGCAAGUAAGAAGAGUCCAGUGUCAGUUUCAUGACGUCUCUUCCUGUUUGUGUGCGAUCUUUUUGUUGGGGGUGCGGGGUGGCUUCCUGGUCUUUGUCUACACCAUCAAAAACAUUCAAGUAAAACCAAACCUUGCCAGAGUUAAAAGAGACAUAGCUUGUAGUUUGGUGUCUUGUGAAUAUAUCUUAGGUGGAUAUUCUGAACCUUGUGUUUAAGAAUGGCUGAACUUGAGGAAUUGGAAGAUGGCUCAGUGCAUGAAAUAUUCACUGGACAAGCACGAAGGCAUGAGUUCAGAUCCCCAGCACUCCUGUAAAGCAGGCCGUGACAUUUAUCAUGCAUCAGUGACUCCAGUGCUGGGGAGGUGGGAGGUGGGGAGAAAGGCAGAUUCUGUGGCCUCAAUGGCCAGUAAACCCAGAUGAUAUGGGGAGACCCUGGUUCAGGAAAAGGCCAUGUCCUCCAAAAGAAGGUGGAAGGGGAUAGAGAAAGACACUCAACACUAACUUCCAAUCUCCGUAGGCCUCUAUGUGAACUCGUACACAGAUGCACACAAAACAGAAUGGUAUAAGGGCUUUCUGAUUUUCACCCUGUGUCCUGAAAAGGGGAAUGCUCAUAGACCCAUCUACUGGCCAGACAGACAGGCCAUCAUGAAUCUGAAAAUAAAAAUCAUUUCCUUGUCAUGUUUGCUUUCUCAAAGUCCCUGGCACUCAAUUAGGAAAAUGUGGGGAGAGCACCAGACGGGGGGCCAGCAAGAUAAUCCAUGUUCACUGAAAAAUAAGGGGACCUCAAACUGAUUAAAUGAGGUAGUCAUGGAAGUCCAGAGAGUCUAGCAAAAGUUUUUGCAAGAUAUCAGCUUUCUUUGAUUAUUAUGUGUGGGGUCCAUAUAUUUAUGUUCAUGUGCAUACAGUUGCACUCACCUGCAUUUGUGUGUGCAUGGAGGUCAGAGGUCAGUAUCAGGUUCUUCCCCUUCUUGAUCUCUAACUUAAAUUUUGAAAGAGCGUCUCUCACUGAAUCUGGGUGGAGCUCACUGUUGUGGCCAGACUGUCAAAGAUGGGACGUUUUCAUGCCUCUGUCGUUCUUCCCACAAAUGCUGAGGUUGCAGUUAUAAACUGCCAUGUUUGACUUUUAUGUAGCUGCUGGAGAUUUGAAAUCAGGGUUUUAUCCUUGUUCAGCAGACACUUUGGUCACUGAAACCUCCCUAUCCCAGGACAUUAGCUUUUAAAAAUGCCUUUUUACUAAGAAAAAUAAAAUUAGAAAAUGUGUGUUGGGAGGAGGGAAGAAAAGUUGAUUAGAGAAAGACACAUGUGACAUAUGGAAAUGUAGAAAAUACUAAAUUUGGUAAGGAAAAAUAAAAAAUAAUCAGGCAGGCAUAACCAUUUGCCCUAGGCUGACUUCAGAGUGUCAGGAGAGCACCUGUAAGAAACGUAGUUAAAAGUCAGAAAUAUCUUACUCAAAUAAGAUAUUUGGAAUAAUAAUGUUUUUAUUAUCUAAGAGAACAAUGUUAAAACUGAGCUGUAGGCUGGUAAAAUGUCUUAGGAAAUAAAGGCCUCCAAGCCUGACACAAUCUGAAUUUGCAUCCCAGAAUCCACACCUUAAAAGGAAGGGUCCAACUCUCUAAAAUUGACCCCUGGGUUCCAUAUAUGGGUUAUGACAGCCACCCUAAACAAGUAAACAAACAAAUAGAUGAUAGAUAAAUAGGUAAAUAAAUGAAGCAAUAAUGAAAAUAUAGUUAUCAUAUAGAGUGGACCUAAGAACCAUCAGUUUUCUUAUUUGUAAAGUGAAGAUAUUCAAAUCCUUACUGAGAACUAGAAGCCUUUUGUGUCACUCUUCCUGCAGAGGGAAACAGAACAGUGUCAAAUUCUGAUGAAAUGAAAAUGAUAGAGAAAAAUCAUGAAAUAUUAAAUAAAAGCAAACUCUAAUCCUAAGAUUUUAGUUGUAUGUGUGGAUCCGAAUCAAUGCUGAACAGUCCUCCUAAGACCAACAGACCAUCUGCUAGAGUUUGGAACCAUUUUCUGAAACUUUAACUAGCUUCAAGGGUAUUGACCAACUGCUCUCAGAGCUGGCGGCUGCGCAGAGCCCUGUGCACCUGCACACAUCCAUCUGCUUGUCUCCUCCCUCUGAGAGGUUGGAGUGGGCACUUGGGAGUGAGAAGUGAGUAGAAGCAGGAUGAGGGUAAUUGGUUUGGUGCUUUUGCAAUUUGUUCCUUCUAUUGAAACAGCUGAUAGUCUGCCAAGUGUAAACAAGAGGGACCUCUUAAAAUUCUGCCUUCGAGCCUUAAUAGUAUUCUCAUCCCCAAUAUGAAACAUUGAUUUGCCUGUACCAGUAUGUCUUUCUCCUGGAGUAAAAUGCUUUUAUAACCCCGAGAAAGUGACAGGCUGAUUUUCAGCUUCAUAAAGGAUCAAGGAAAUAUAGACUUCUGCUAAAGUUAUUGCCCACAAACAAGGAGCUCUUUGACUGUCACAGUAGGCUUAUGCACACAUAAGAUAAAGUUAGGCUUUUGUAGGAGACUCUGUACACGUCUCUGGAUUGCAUGAAUUUUUCGUCCCUGUGAAAUCAGUCACUUCCCUUCACGGAGUUUUUCUGCUGUUAUUAGAGAGAGGUAGCAUCAUUUUUGGGGCUUCAAAGCUUAUUUUCGUCAUGAGGGAGGAGAUCUUCCUAGGUCAUUUUUAAUGGCCACAGUUUGAAAACCAUCCAUGAUAGAAACUUGUACCAAUGUCAUUUAAAGAAGAAUAAAAGAAAUGAGCUGAUGGUGCAAAGUGUUUGCUGCAUCUUUAUAUUUCAGAACCUCCAUUAUCCUUAUUGUUUCUUCUCUCAGUCUUACAUAAGAAGCAUAGAGAAAAUAAUUCUCUUAAAAUCUUCCAGUUUUGGCUCUAGAAGGCUCUUAACUGAUGCAAGAACAUCAUCUGCCUUGGGAACUUUUUUGUUCUGUGUGCUUGGUUUAUAUAUCCUAUCUAUUAUAGUGAGUGUUCAUCCUGGAACACAGAAAUAAUUAGCAGUAUAAAUUUUAGCAGAAGCAGCACUGUUCUUUUAAUACAUUGUGAUCAUAGCCAUACAUCUGAUGAUUGUACCACAUGAGGCAUUUUAAUAAAUAAGUUUAUGCCCAAUAUGUUUACAAGUUUGUAUGCAUUCUCUUAUAUAAAAUUAGGUUCUUCUAUUAACUACACUUAGUUUCGGUAGGUCAUGUUUACCUAAGUUAUAAGGGGCAGAAAGCAAUUCUGACUUGCAUACCACUAACAGGGUGGACCAUGACACAGUUUUAAUGGGAAAUUCAUCAACAUGAGAUGCGUUUCUGCUUGUCCUGGUGGCAUAUGGAAACAAGAAAAAUGGUCAAUGUCCCUCUGACCUCCUUGGCCUUCUGCACAUGGUGCACAUACACACACUCACAUACACAUACACAUACACAUACAGAUACACAUGCACAUGCACAUGCACAUGCACAUACACACAUACACAUAAAAUAAAUAACUUUCAUACUUAAUGUUGAUGAAAUGACCAUUUUUUUUUUGGUUCUUUUUUUUGGAGCUGGGGACCGAACCCAGGGCCUUGCGCUUCCUAGGCAAGCGCUCUACCACUGAGCUAAAUCCCCAACCCCCAUUAUUUUUAAACUCAUGAGUUCUUUUUUUAGUCACAACUAAUAAUUUGUUGAAUAACAUAGAAAACUCUGCUGGGAAAGCAUUGGGAAGCCUGCCUUCCACAAAGCUACUAUUUGUUGUCAGUGUAUUUUUUUAUUGCACUUUGUUUUGUCCUCUUAUGUGUCUGCACAUGCUCAAGUCAUAGUACCCAUGCAGAGGUCAGGGGACAACUUGUGGGCAUUGAUUUUCUUUCUAACGUGUGGUUCCCAGUGGUUAAGCUUCUGUCAUCAGGUUUGGCAAUAGGUGCCUUUACCCGCUGAGUCAUGUCCCACACUUCAGAACAAAUUCUCAAAAAUAUGUUUGCUGAGGAAUUAUAAACUUUACUGGAUCUUUUAAAUGAAGUCACCCAUGUAGUAGCAUACACUCAGAGGAAAUUUAUAAACUUGGUCGUAGGCAAGUGACUCCUUCCCAGUGGUGAAGAAGAAGCAACGUCAGUUCUCAUACAAGAAAUUGGUAUAUUAUUUUGUGAUUUACUGAAUAUUUCAGUUAUACAGAAGUUACAGAAUUUAUAUGCAAAAGUUCUGACUAUUUACAUAAAAACACAGGUCAGUACAAACCCCACACUUCCAAGUAGACACACACAGUUGAUCAGAUCCCAGUUCCUUUAGUGGUUGGAAUUUUAGCCUCAUGUAUGGGAGACAGUAAAGCUUUAUGUAAGCACAAAGUUCAUGGAACAAUGACAUAACUUAGUGGCAACACUUAGUUCCUUAAAUUAGGAACUAAAAGUCUUCAGAAAAUAAAAUCUUCUCAUGACUCACGAACUUGAGUGUGAUUGAUUAGAACAGGCUCGUGUUCUGGAGUCUGGAAACACAUUUCUUGUGACAAAUACCUAAAUUUUGUAGAGCUGGAUCUCUUUAUUUAUAAAUUCAUAAGUUGAUCUGAAUAUUCUCAAAAGUCCUUAUAAAUGCCCUUUUAUAAAGGGGGCAUUAUAUAUUUUGUCAGCUGUCCAUCUGUGUUCUUCUAGGAAGUACUAUGAUCAUAGGUAAAGCUGAAUUUAUUACUGACAAAGCAUCUAACAAAAGCCACUUAAGGGAAGAGGGGUUUAUUUUUGAUUACAGUUCUAGGGGAUACAGUCCGUGAUGGCAGCAGGAGCUCCGAGUGGCAGGUUGCAGUGUAUCUAUAAUCAGAAAGAAGAGCAUAAUGGCUGCUUGUGCUCCUCUUAGCUUUUUCCUUUUGAUUCAGUCCAGGACCCAAGGUGCCACAGUUAAGGUGUGUCUUCCCACCCACCCUAAUGUAGAUAAUCUCUUAAGGUGUGUCUCAGGGCUUGCCUUCUAGGUAAUUCUACCAAGAUGAUGAUUCUUUCCAGUUUCUCACCACUCUGUUUUGCUUGGGUUUGUAUGUAUGACCAACACAAACCUCAUAAAAUGAGCCUCUAUUAAGAAUCUCUGUCAUCAUCUACUGAAUUCCAAGUCUAUCACUGAGACCUACAUAGUAUAGGUGGUGCCUUUAGACUUUGGGGCAAUAUUAUGGUUUGGAUAUGAUGCCCCCGACAGGCUCAUGCCUGAAUGCUUCAUUCCUGACUGACAGUGCUAUUCGAAGGAAUCUGGAAAUGUCAGGGCUUAAGCCUAGGUUAGGUAAGGAGGAAUUUACUUUUCAAAGUGAUGCCCAGUUCCCAGACGCCUCCUCCUCACACACUACUCUGUGUGUGCAUAAGACUCACAGCCUCCUGGGUCACAGACUCCCACUUAGGUGAUGCUACCCAAACAUGCUUGGGAAAGCAUCCAGGAAUUGAGCACUCUGAAACCAUAAGUUCCAAUAAAUCGUUCCUCUCUUGACCUUGUCCCACUGGGUAUUUUGUAAUAGCAAAUGACAGGCAAUAAUUAACAUAUUGUUCUCUACUACAUCCAUUUACCAUGGUCAACUUUGGCACCAGACAAAUGCUUUUGUGUACUGUUAAAAUGGUCAGAAUGUAACACAUUGUAUACCUUUAAUCCUUUUAUAGAUAAAAACCCAUACAAUUUUGACUUUAAUUUAACAAACAUGAAUUGCUAUUAUGUAUAUAUAAUAUAUAAGGGCUAUCAGAUAUUGUCAUCAUGGAGAUUGUCUAUACCCUCAAAUUAAUUGUUGAAAUAAAAUGAUUUGGGAAUGACAAUUUUUAGUGGAUGGUGUCUUGGCAGGUAAUUAUUAUAUGAAAUGAUUUGAUGUCCAUGAUGUCAGAAGAUUUUCAUAAGAACAUCCACAUUGAAUUCUCUGAGAUCAAGGUCCAGACCUGUUUUGUCCCUAUAGAUUUGUUAACAUCCAGUUUGGUGUCAGGAUACAAUUUGACCAUCUUGAUUUGUAAUAUGACAACUUGCAUUUCAUAGUUAGUAUUUCUUUUUGUUGCUGUUUUGGCUCUGUUGUUUUGAGACCAUGUUUUAAGUACCCUAGGCUCCCUUUAAACCCACUCUGUGGCUGUGGAGAGCCUUGAACUUCUGAUCCUUCUACUACCAGUUCUUAGGUACCAGGAUUACAGACAAGUUUAACCAGCCUGCUUUUACUUCAUCUUUUUUUUCUUUUUAUUCCUUUUCUCCAUCUUUAUUUAAAUUGGUUCUUUCUUAUUUACAUUUCAAUUGUUACUACCUUUCCAGGUUUCCAAGCACACAUCCCCCUAACCCUUCCCCUCCCCUUCUCUAUGGGUGUUUCCCUGCCCAUCCUCCCCCCCCUUACCGCCCUCCCCCCACCAAUCCUGUUCACUGGGGGUUCAGUCUUGGCAGGACCAAGGGCUUCCCCUUCCACUGGUGAUCUUACUAGGCUAUUCAUUGCUACCUAUGAGGUCAGAGUCCAGGGUCAGUCCAUGUAUAGUCUUUAGGUAGUGGCUUAGUCCCUGGAAGCUCUGUAGGUUUUCCACACGUUGUACUAUAAAUUCCCUCAGACUUGGUUGAGUUUAUCUGCAUUGUUUCCAUAGCAACCAGAGGGCAGUCUGACACAAACCUGAUAAACAGUAACUAUGAAGAACAAAAAUUAUAAAAUUGUAAUUAGAUUUUUUUAAUUAAAAAACCCAAAACAACAAAAACAAACAAACAAAACAACAUCAGAAGAGUGAGGCAAAACCAAAGUGUUUUUAUGGAGCCUAAUGCAAUAUAAAGAAGAUGAGAAGGAAGCUGGGGGAUGAAUGCAGCCUUACUUGCUGUGCUUGCCUGCCCCACUGCUCUCUGCAGGCUGCAGACAGAGUAAAGCACUGCUCAUCAAAUGUGUUAGACCACAGGGUGUGUUAACCAGUUCUGUAGCGUUAUUGACUCCAAAGCUAAAGUCUUAGGUCUCUGAAUUUAAGAUGCAUACUUCUUAUAAAGGGAUGAAUGUAUAACAUACGUUUAAAACGUGGGGCUAAGGAGGAGGACGCUAAAACGAUGAGCUCGAUGCCAUGGGAGCACCUUGUUAGCUGUUGAAAUAAGAAUUCACAUAGUUCCUCGGUCUCUUAAGACCCACACUGCUUUGGACAGAUAACACACAAUUUCAUUUCAUAUUGGGAAGUAUUUUCUAAAUAAAACAUCCAAUUGUUUAAUGAUUUUUAGAUUUGACGGCAUUUUAAGAGAUAUACAAUUAUUUAUUUGAUUUUUUAUUGGAUUUUUUUAAAUUUACAUUUCAAAUGUCAUCCCCUUUCCUGGUUCCUAUCCAUGGACUUCCCCAUCCUAUCCCCCCCCCCUUUCUUCUAUGAGGGUGUUCCCCCACCCAUCCACCCACACCUUCCCGCCUCCCCACCCUGACAUUACUUUACAUUGGGGGGCCCAGCCUUGGCAGGACCAAGGGCUUCUCCUCCCACUGGUGACCAAAAAGGCCAUCCUCUGUUACAUAUGCUGCUGGAGGAAUGGGUCUGUCCAUGUGUAUUCACUGGAUGGUGGAUUAGUCCAGGGGAGGUCUGAUUGGUUGGUAUUGUUAUUCUUAUAGGGUUGCAAACCCCUUCAGCUCCUUCAAUCCUUUCUCUAACUCCUCCAAUGGGGUCCCCAUUCUCAGUUCAAAGGUUGGCUGCCAGCAUCUGCAUCUGUAUCAGUAAGGCUCUGGCAGAGCCUCUCAGGAGACAUCCAUAUCAGGCUCCUGUCAGCAUGCACUUCUUGGCAUCAGCAAUAAUCUCUGGGUUUGGUGGAUGUAUAUAUAUGGGCUGGAUCCCCAGGGUGGGGCAGUCCCUGGAUGGCCUUUCCUACAGACUCUGCUCCAAACGUUGUCUCCAUAUUUCUUCUAGUGAGUAUUUUAGUUCCUGCUUCUAAGAAAGACUGAAGCAUCUGCACUUUGGUCAUCAUUCUUUUGAGCUUCAUGUGGUCUGUGGAUUGUAUCUUGGGUAAACCAAGCUCUUGGGCUAAUAUCGACUUAAAAGUGAGUGCAUACCAUGUGUGUUUUCUGUGAUUGGGUUACCUCACUCAGGAUGAUAUUUUCUAGUUCCAUCCAUUUCUCUAUGAAUUUCAUAAAGUCAUUGUUUUUAAUAGCUGAGUAGUACUCCGUUGUGUAAAUGUACCACAUUUUCUAUAUCCAUUCUUCUGUUAAGGGAUAUCUGGGUUCUUUCCAGUUUCUGGAUAUUUUAAGGCUGCUGUGAACAUAGUGGAGCAUGUGUCUUUGUUAUAUGUUAGAGCAUCUUUUGGGUAUAUGCCCGGGAGUGGUAUAACUGGGUCCUCUGGUAGUACUUUGUCCAAUUAUCUGAGGAAACUCCAGAAUGAUUUCUAGAGUGGUUGUACCAGUUUGCAAUCCCACCAACAAUGGAGGAGUGUUCCUCAUUCUUCACAUCCUCGCCAGCAUCUGCUGUCACCUGAGUUUUUGAUCUUAGCCAUUCUGACAGGUGUGAGGUGGACCCUCAGGGUUGUUUUGAUUUCCAUUUCUCUGAUGACUAAGGAUGUUGAACAUUUCUUUAGGUACUUCUCAGCCAUUUGAUAUUGCUCAGCUGAGAAAUCUUUGUUUAGCUUUGUACCCCAUUUUUAAUAGGGUUAUUUGGAUCUGUGGGAGUCUGACUUCUUGAGAUCUUUGUAUAUAUUGGAUAUUAGCCCUCUAUUGGAUGUAGGGUUGGUUAAGAUCUUUUCCCAAUCUGUUGGUUGUUUUUUGUCCUAAUGACAGUGUCCUUUGCCUUACAGAAUCUUUGCAGUUUUAUGAGGUCCCAUUUGUCAAUUCUUGAUCUUAUAGCAUAAGCCAUUGUUGUUCUGUUCAGGAAAUUUUCCCCAGUGACCAUGUUUUCUAGGCUCUUCCCCAAUUUUUCUUCUAGCAAUUUGAGUGUAUAUGGUUUUAUGUGGAGGUCCUUGAUCCACUUGGACUUGAGCUUUGUACAGGACUAUAGAAAUGGAUUGAUUUGAAUUCCUCUACAUGUUGACCACCAGUUGAACCAGCACCAUUUGUUGAAAAUACUGUCUUCUUUCAACUGGAUUGUUUGAGCUCCUUUGUCAAAGAUACUCAUAGGUGUGUUGGUUUAUUUCUGGGUCAUCAAUUCUAUUCCAUUGAUCAACCUCCCUGUCUCUGUACCAAUACCAUACAGUUUUUAUCACUAUUGUUCUGUAAUACUGCUUGAGUUCUGUGAUAGUGAUUCCCUCUGAAGUCCUUUUAUUGUUGAGAUUGGUUUUAGCCCUCCUGGGUUUUUUGUUAUUCCAGAUGAAUUUGCAGGUUGUUCCUUCUAACUCUAUGACCAAUUGGAUUGGAAUUUUGAUGGGGAUUGCAUUUAAUCUGUAGAUUGCUUUUGGCCAAAUGGCCACUUUUACUAUAUUAAUCCUGCCAAUCCAUGAGCAUGGGAGAUCUUUCCAUCUUCUGAGAUAUUCUUCAAUUUAUUUCUUCAGAGGUUUGAAGUUCUUAUCAUACAGAUCUUUCACUUGCUUGGUUAAAGUCACACUGAGAUAUUUUAUAUUAUUUGGGACUAAUAUGAAGUAUGUCGAUUCCCUAAUUUCUUUCUCAGCCUGUUUAUCUUUUCUGUAGAGGAAGGCUACUGAUUUAUUUGAGUUAAUUUUAUACCCAGCCACUUUGCUGAAGGUGUUUUUCAGGUUUAGUAAUUCUCUGGUGGAACUUUUGGGAUCACUUAAAUAUACUAUCAUAUCAUCUGCAAAUGGUGAUAUUUUGAUUUCUUCUUUUCCAAUCUGUAUCCCUUUGAUCUCCUUUUGUUGUCUGACUGCUCUGGCUAGAACUUCAAGAACUAUAUUGAAUAAGUAGGGAGAGAGUGUGCAGCCUUGUCUAGUCCCUAAUUUUAGUGGGAUUGCUUCAAAUUUCUCUUCAUUUAGUUUGAUGUUUGCUACUGGUUUGCUGUAUAUUGUUUUUACUAUGUUUAGGUAUGGGCCUUGUUUUCCUGAUCUUUCCACGGCUUUUAACAUGAAGAGGUGUUGAAUUUUGUCAAAUGCUUUCUAAGCAUCUAAUGAAAUGAUCAUGUGGUUUUUUUCCUUGAGUUUGUUUAUAUAGUGGAUUAUGUUGAUGAAUUUCUACAUAUUGAAACAUCCCUGUGUCCCUGGGAUGAAGCCUACUUGAUCAUAAUGGAUGAUUGUUUUGAUGUGUUCUUGGAUUGAGUUUGCAAGAAUUUUAUUGAAUUUUCUUGCAUUGAUAUUCAUAAAGGAAAAUGGUCUGAAGUUCUCUUUCUUUGUUGGGUCUUUGUGUGGUUAAGGUAGAAGUGUAAUUGUGGCUUCAUAGAAGGAAUUGGGUAGUGCUCCUUCUGUUUCUAUUUUGUGGAAUAGUUUGGACAGUAUUGGUAUCAGGUUUUCUAUGAAGGUCUGAUAGGAGUUGCCACUAAAGUCAUCUGGUCCUGGGCUUUUUUUUGUCGGGAGACUUUUAAUGACUUCUAUUUCUUUAGGAGUUAUGGGAUGGUUUGGCAGGUUUAUCUGAUCCUGAUUUAACUUUGGUAUCUGGUAUCUGUCUAAAAAAAUGUCCAUUCCAUCCAGAUUUUCCAGUUUUAUUGAGCAUAGGCUUUUGUAGUAGGAUCUGAUGAUUUUUGAAUUUCCUCAGUGUCUGUUGUUAUGUCUUCAUUUUCAUUUCUAUUUUUGUUAAUUUGGAUACUUUCUCUCUGCCCUCUGGUUAGUCUCCCUAAGGGUUUAUCUAUCUUUUGAUCUUCUCAAAGAACCAGACCUUGGUUUUGUUGAGUCUUUGUAUAGUUCUUUUUCUUUCUACUUGGUUGAUUUCAGCCCUGAGUUUGAUUAUUUUGUGCUCUCUCCUCUUUUAUGUAUAUGCUUCUUUUUGUUCUAGAACUUUUAGGUGUGCUGUCAAGCUGUUAGUUUAUGCUCCCUCCUGUUUCUUUUGGGAGGCACUCAGAGGUAUAAAUUUUCUUCUUAGCACUGCCUUCAUUGUGUUUCAUAAGUUGGGGUAUGUUGUGCUUUCAUUUUCAUUAAAUUCUAAAAAGACUUUAGGAAGUUGUCACUGAGUACAGCAUUGUGCACAUUUCAUGUGUAUGUGGGCUUUCUGUGGUUUUGGUGUUAUUGAAGACCAGCCUUACUCCGUAGUGAUCUGGUAGGGUGCAUGGGAUUAUUUCAGUCUUUUUGUAUCUAUUGAGGCCUGUUUUGUGACUGACUUUAUAGUCAAUUUGCUGAGAAGAAGGUAUAUUCUUUUGUUAAAUCCAUUUGUUUCAUAACUUCUCUUAGUUCCUCUGUGUCUCUGGUCAGUUUCUGUUUCCAUGAUCUGUCCCUUGAUGAGUGGGGUGUUGAAGUCUCCCAUUAAUAUUGUGUGUUGUGCAAUGUGUGCCUUAGCUUUAGUAAGAUUUCCUUUAUGAAUCUAGGUGCUCUUGCAUUUGGUAAAUAGUUAUUCAGGAUUACUGACUAUAAAGUGUCCUUGUUUAUCUUUUUUGAUAACUUUUAGUUGAAAGUCAAUUUUAUAAUAUUAGAAACAACAAGCUUUGUUUCUAAACAAACUACUCUAGCUUGUUUCUUGGGACCAUUUGCUUGGAAAAUUGUUUUCCAUCCUUUUAUUCUGAGGUAGUGUCUAUCUUUGUUACCGAGGUGUGUUUCCUGUACACAGCAAAUCAUGGGUCCUUUUUAGGUAUCUAGUCUGUUUGUCUAUAUCUUUUUAUUGGGAAAUUGAGUCCAUUGAUGUUGAGAGAUAUUAGGGACCAUUGAUUGUUGUUUCCUGUUAUUUUUAUUGUUAGAGGUAGACUUUGGGUUAGUUGAAAUUAGAUAACUAUCUUGCUUUUCCUAGUGUGUAAUUUCCCUCCUUGUGUUUGAGUUUUCCAUCUAUUAUCCUCUCUGGGGCUGGAUUUGUGGAAAGAUAGUGUGUAAAUUUGGUUUUGUCAUGAAAUACCUUGGUUUCUUUAUGUAUUUAAUUGAGAGUUUUGCUGGAUACAGUAGCCUGGGUUGGUAUUUGUGUUCUCUUAGGGUCUAUAUGACAUCUGUCCAGGAUCUUCUGGCUUUCAUAGUCUCUGGUGAGAAGUCUGGUGUAAUUCUGAUAGGUCUGUCUUUAUAUGUUACUUGACCUUUCUCCUUUACUGCUUUUAAUAUUAUUUCCUUGUUUUGACUGUUUGUGAUAGUAGGAAUUUCUUUUGUUUUACAAACUACUUGGGGUUCUGUAUGCUUCUUCUAUGUUCGUGGAAUCUCUUUAGGUUAGGGGAGUUUUCUUCUAUAAUUUGUUGAAGAUAUUUAAUGGCCCCUUAUGCUGAGAAUCUUUGCUCUCCAUACCUAUUAUCCUUAGGUUUGAUCUUCUCAUUCUGUCUUGGAUUUCCUUGAUGCUUUUGGUUAGGAGUUUCUUGCGUUUAAUUUUUUUUUUGACUGUUGUGUCAAUGUUUUUUAUGGUAUCAUCUGCUCCUUAGAUUCUCUCUUCUAUCUCUUUUAUUCUGUUGGUAUUGCUUGCAUCUAUUACUCCUUCUCUUUUUCCUAGGUUUUCUAUAUCCAGGGUUGUCUCCCUUUGUGAUAUCUUUAUUGUUUCUAUUUCCAUUAUUAGAUCCUAUAUGGUUUUGUUCAAUUCCUUCACUUGUUUGAUUGUGUUUUCCUAUAAUUCUUAAAGUGAUUUUUGUGUUUCCCUCUUUUGUUUCUGUGUAUUGUCCUGUAUUUCUUUAAGGGAGUUAUUUAUGUCCUUCUUAAAGUCCUCUAUCUUUAUCAGGAGAUGUGAUUUUUAAACCCAAUUCUUGUGUUUCUGGUGUGUUUAGAUAUUCAGUUUUGCUUUCGUAGGAGAACCGGGCUCUGAUGAUGCCAAGUCGUCUUGAUUUCUGUUGCUUAGGUUUCUGUGUUUGCCUCUUGCCAUUUGUUUGUCUCUGGUGUUAGCUGGUCUUGCUUUCUCUGACUGUGACUUGACUCUCCUGUAAGCCUGUGUGUCAGCAGUCCUGGAGACCAGCUUUCUCUCAGAAGUAUCUGUGUACAGAGAGCUGUGUCAUAGGGUCAGCUCUGGAUGCAGGCGAAAAUGGAAGGAUCAUGUCCCAGACUGCUCUUCCAUUCCUGUGUCCUGCGGGUUCCAGGCAGGUUCCCUUGAACCAGGAACGUGUGCAGAAGUUAUAGUCUCCCUUGUGUUCUCAGGAUUGUCUGUACUUCUGAGAGUCCUGCUCUCUCCCUGGGCUGCUAUUUUUUAAGAUAUAUACAAAUAUUUAUUUGAUGUUUUUAAUAGAUAUACAAUUAUUAAUUUGACCUUUUAAAAUAUAAUUUCAUUUUCUUAUAUUCUAUGGUCAUUUAAACUGUUCUUUAUACAGAUGAUAAAUGACAUUUGAAGAUGUCAUUAAGCUUCCCUCAUGACAUUUUCCACUUCAUACUUAUAUAUUUUAGUUAAUAGGGCCAUUUAUAUUCAGCCCAAUUCAACUUAGAAGCACUUAAAAUAAAAAAUUCAAAGUACCUUGCAUUCAUCUGCUGCCUCACUCAGUUGUUUCCAGUAGUCAAGCCAGUUAAUCAUAAAAGCAAAUGCCUCAUAAAAUUAGCUCUGUUACCUUUUCUUCAUAAAUUUUCCUAAUAUCCCGUUGGACAAGAAUCUUAAAUUGUAGCAUAAAUAAUUACACAGACCAUUUGUAUUGCAUUGCAUUGUUAAAUACUGACAGUUUGUACGAAGGUAUAUCCUCUGUUUCCUUGCACAUGAAAGAAAAAUUUCAGACCAUGAUCCAUUUAUUUAAUUUUAGGAAAAGCUCACAUGGAAGCUAUUCUCUUCCAAAGAUACCUAUAGCUAUUAGAGAUCCAGUUAUGUGUAAAUUAGUAUAAUUGCAUUUUAUAAGGACUAUUUUGGUAGUUAUCCUGUUCUUAAUUCUAUUGCUAUUAACUCUAAGAAUUUGGGGGUUUUAUAACAUACAUUUAUGUAAUUUUUAGCUUUCUCUAUUUCUGAACUUAAAAAUGAAGUAAGGAAUUAAAAAGUCAGUUCAUUCAGACCCUGAGACUGUUAUAGUACAUGGCUUCAGUUUCAAGCCAUCUUUACUUUCAUAUGACCUUAUUUUAUAUAGCCAUCUAAAAAAUCUUAUCUUGUCCUUAACUGCUUUCAAUCUCAGUCUCUAUACAACUGAACUGUAAACAAUAUUCUUACAUUUGUUUUCCAGAAAAACUCAGACACACUCUCUUCUGGAACAGUGAUUUUUAAAAGUUGUCAUUGGUAGACUUCAUACAGGAUUGGUAUAUUGAAAUUAUUGAACUAAAAGUAAUGGCUCUCUUAUUAUCGAUUCAAUUUACUUUUAGCUCUUAGAUUUUGUUUGCAAUGAGCAAAUAUGAGUUCAGUGAUGGAUUCAUGGUUAAGAGAAUCAAGCAGGACUUUGCUUUUGGAGGAGACCAAAAACACAUGGACACCAUUAUCCCUUUGAUUGAUAGAUGGGUGGAUGGAUGGAUGGAUGGAUGGAUGGAUGGACAGAUGAUAGGGUGAGCAAGCUGUGAAAACAACAUUACAGAUACAGUGGCAGCUGAUCUAAGAAGCAUGUCUCCCUGGUAGUAUCCGUUGACUGUUGACAGAUUGAAGGGGACUUGGCUACUACAUUUUAUGUAGUGUUGAAAGGACAAAGACUUGAGAAACACCCUGUCCCACACACCUUCCAUUUCCUUGCCUCAGCAUUCCUGCCAGUGCCUUUGUGGUUGAACCAAUGUUUGAGUGAAUGAGGCUGGGGACUUGGAGGACUCUCCCUACCCUUGCUGGCCUCCAGUGAAUGUCUUCGUGUAGCACAGAACAAUGCAGAGAAAUGGCAAGGCAUAUCUUGGUAACUACAAAGAUCAUAACAAGGUCAGAGAUUGAUGCCUGGGUGCAUCUGCAUGAUCAUCUUUGCUUAUAAUAUGUCCAAACUGUGCAGUCUAUAAAUCCAAGGGCAUUUGCUCAAUUUGUAGAAGCCUUGUUGCAUUACACAGGCUUGUUUAUCACAUGCUCUAUUUUUUCUUUCUAGCAUUUAUUUCAGUAACUCUGGACAGCUAGCCUCUCUCAUUCUUUUGCUUUUGACCCUUCUCUGUAUCCCUAGGAAAUUUCUCAGAAUCUCAUAAUCAUUGUAUCAGUUCUUUACCACAUCGGCAUGUCUGCUUUAUAAAGACAUCCAGAUGUCGUGUUUUGAAUUUUAGUGUCUGAAUUAUCUAAUUCCCAGGAGCGACCAAGGCAUGACGUAGACUUACCAGUUCAGCCCCCUUUUCUGGAACUUAGUCCACAGAGACUGUCUGUGCUAUUAUUAAGAGUACAGUCUCUCUCUCUCUCUCUCUCUCUCUCUCUCUCUCUCUCUCUCUCUCUCUCUCUCUCUUCUCUCUUCCUCUCCUGGCUUGACACGAAAAAAAAAAAAGAGUACAGUGUUGGCUAAAACUGCCUUCUUUUUCUCAGACUAAGAAGAUUUCAGACAUCCUUUGAUUUCUGAUUGUUUGAUUGCUUUUUCUUUUUCUCUUGUUAAUUUUUAAAAAAAAAAUCAACCUGGUAAAUUUUGUUUGGUGCUUGAGGUAUACUUUAAAGCCAUACAUUUUCAAACCAAUCCAUUAUUUAAGUAUACAAUUUAAUGGCAUUUAGUACAUAUGAGUUCAACCAUACCCAAGACUAUUCAAAUCUUUCCAUAAAGAUCCCUCAAGGCUCUUUUGUAUUCACAUUCUAUCUUCAGCCCCUCUUCCUUAUCCUCAAUCAACUACAGAGACACCUACCACUUUCCACUGUGCUAUUCUCAACAUUUUGUAGGAUUGUCAUUGUACAAUGGGUGACCUUUACAUGUGGCUUCUUUUACACAGACUCAAGGUUGUCAGGCAGUUCAUACAUGCGGUGUCUUAGAAUACUCUCUUUCUUUUCUUUAUUUAAUGUAUAUGAGCCACUGUCAUUAUCUUCAGACACACCAGAAGAGGGCAUCAGAACUGAUUAUGGAUAGUUGUGAGCCACCAUGUGGUUGCUGGGAUUUGAACUCAGAACCUCUGGAAGAGCAACUGGUGCUCUUAACCUCUGAGCCAUCUCUCCAGCCCUCUCUUUUCAAAUGAUAUAAAUGACUUAAAUAAUUCUUCUAUUUUAAAUGUUUUUAUAUUUAUUUUUAACUAUAUAUAUGUGUGUGUCAGGGUUGGGGUUGGGUAUGUGUAUGUGUCUGCAAUCACAGGUGCCAGUGACGGCCACAGGCAUCAGAUCUCCCUGGAGCUCAUGGGACUAUGUGCUAUAUGACAUGGAUGCUGGGAACUGAACGUGGGUCCUCUGUAAGAACAGUAUGCAGUCUUAACCACUGAGCUAUAUCUCUUCAGCAGUCUGUGUUUCUUCAUAUAUGUAAGUUGCUGUACAAAAUUCAUACUUACAAGGCAUUUUUAUUAUUCUUUCAUACAUAUACUUAACAUAUAAUUAUCAAGUCAAAGCAAUUAGCAUUUAUAGCUAAUUUACAGCUCCUCAGAAAUGAUCAGUUCUGUGUGAUGGGAAGCUUGAACCUCUUUUAGUUAUUUUGAAGUAUAUUAUAGAGGGUUAUAGGCUAUUAGGUACACUGCCAUGCCAUAAUCUAUUCAAACUGAUUUCCCCUACCUAUUCUAGUUAUCCAAUGCCGUUUUUCCCCUCUGCUCUUUCUAACCUUCAGUGGUCAUAGUUCUAGUCUACAUUUCUCUAUAAUCAGAAGUUUUAGCUUCUGAAAUAAGCCAGUCAGUCCUCUUGUGCCUAAUUUUACUUUACAUAAUGCUUUCCAGGUUUGUUUCCAUAGCUGACAAAAUUUCAUCCUUUUGUGGAUAGAUAUUAUUCCAGCAUGUGUGUGACAGUAGAUGUGAAUGUUUAACUUGACUAAAUGUAGAAGUUUUUAUGGGAUUAGGAGAGUGAGGGCCCUUCCAGGGGAGUUUGAUCCAUUAGUGGAUUCAAAGUUUGAAUAUACUAUUGGUAUGUGGUAGAACUGAAGAAGGGUGAGCUUGACUGAAGAAAGUAAGUCUUUGAGGGUGUGUCCUUGUGGCAUCUUUCUGUCUUGGCCCUUUUUCUGCUUCCUGUCUGGCUUGAUAUGAGAUACCCCAAUGUCUUCCCUGCAAGAUAGAAUGAAAUCUCUGUGCCUGGGAGCUAAAAAUCCUUCCUCCUUAAAUUUACUUUUGUCAGAUGAUACAGAGGCAAUCAACAGGGUGGGUACAUCGCACACGUGCUUUAAUCAUUCAGCAUCUCUGGAUAUCUUAUUGAUUCCAUAUCUUGAUUAUCUUGGAUGCCCUGCAAUAAGCAUGAAUGAUCAUUAUCUCUUUAAUAGGAUGGUUUGUUUUCUUUAAGAUCUACAUUUCUUGUUCCUAUGGUAGUUUUAGUUUGAAGAACUUCCCUACUGCUUUCCACACUGGCUAUACUAAUUUAAGUUCCUAAAAGCAGUAUGUAAGAAUUUUCCUUUUUUGUCAUCCUCACUACCAUUUGGUUUUGCCUUUUGCCAUUUGUAGUUUUUAUGUAUUAUAUAUGUUUCACAUGCAUGCGCACAUGCACAGUAUUGGUGUGGAGGCCAGAGGCUGACUCUCGGGAAUUAGUUCUCUCCUCCCACCUUGUCAGUUCUGGGUAUUGAACUCUGACUGGUUAUGAGGCUUGGCCAAAAGAGCCUUUACCCACUGAGCCAGCUCAAAAGGCCAUUUUCCCUCAUUGCAUAAAGUAACCUUAACUUGGUGUAUUUUCUUCUUCCUGUUUGUUUUUGGAAUUAUCUCACUGAAUGUCAAAAAGAAAUAUUUGUGCAUGUCACAUUGGCUCACUAGGAAGGCUUUAGCUGCCCACUUAAUGCUUCUUGUUCCAUUGUUGUUACAAGGGUAUAGUCACCUUGGUCUGUAAUUUCCUUUCAGUUUUUGGGAGCUACUAGCAAUCAGUUUCUAUUUAAGGUAAAAAUGAAAUUAAGUCUAACUCUGAAUACUGAGUGAUCCUAGGUUUAGGGGAUACUUUAAUCUCAGAAAAAUUUGAAAGAAGCUUACCUGUAGUUUAUACAAAACAAUACCUUUCCUCCAAGGCUUUUCAAUGUGUGAAGAUGGUAAGGAAAAUUAUACCUUGGGACUCAUUGUUCAGUUUGUCAUCCUCCCCAUCCCUGAAGGGUUCUUUGCUGUAUUGAAAUUUUAAUAAGAGGACUGUUCUUUGCAAUUGAGCUGGGCAUCUUCUUCAGAUGCAUGGGCACGCGCAACUUUUUGUGCUUGUACUGGGAACACAAGGUAGAGGGAGAUGUGUUUGAAUACCUCAGAUUCCUGUGUUUUACUAAUCUCCAAGAACCACUUCUGGGGACUUUCUUUCCUCCUUUCAAGGCAUUUUAUAAAUGAUCGACUUUUCUGACAUAGAAAAGUUUUAUUAAAUAUCCUAACUAUAUGUUCAUAUCAGGAUGAAUUUUCAGGUACUCAUGCUGUUAUAUCCAUUCCUCAGCAUCCUGAUAUUUUGGAAUAGCAGCUUUAGGCAUGUUUGGUACAAUCCUAUCAAACAUACUCACAUUACAGUCACAUCGCUCAUGACUGAGUUGGCUGAGACAUCAUGCAGUAGGGAUUGGACUUCCAUUCAUAAAUGCUCUACAUGGCUUUUAGUUUGUUUGCCUCAUUGUAGAGAAGGUCCAUAAGGAACUGCUAUCAUUGCCAUACAUGGCCUUCUAAAUGUCUGAAUUGCUGAGCUAGAAUGACGGUUAUUAUCCUACUCAAUAACCACAGCAAAUUAAAUGGAAUUUGAAAUUUCUGCAUUUGUUGAUGGGCGUUGUUGAAAAGCAUACCUUACUCAUAGAUGGGGCAAACAAACAAAACCACAAAACCAACAACGCGUUGUGCAAAACUCUCCCAGUCUUAACUCAGUAGAGUUUUCUGAAGCUUUUGGCUGGUAUAUAACUCCUCUAUUAUAUUAUAAAUGCUAUUAAAGAAGCAUUUAUAAUGUGCCUUUGCUUUGAGAAAUAAGAUACCCUAGCCUUGAGACCAGUUUUUUUUUUUUUUUUUUUUUUGGUUCUUUUUUUUUUUUUUUUCGGAGCUGGGGACAGAACCCAGGGCCUUGCGCUUCCUAGGUAAGCGCUCUACCACUGAGCUAAAUCCCCAGCCCCGAGACCAGUUUUUAUUAACAGUUUGGCUGACUUUCUGACUGGCUAUCCAUACUCCAACAAUGUUCUCAUAAUGACAAAGAGAUUACUUGUUCAAGAAAACUAUCUGACCAGUACCUUUGAGCCCCCCGGGGAACCUAGAGAAACUUGAAUAAUCAAGUUUUUCCUACAUGUCUAGAAAUUAUUUGAUCAUAUAGUAGGAACCACACCAUGAAAGACUGAGCACCAGUUAUUAGAUCCAAACCUGAUUUAUACAAGAGACAUUUUCACAAAGCUGUGUGAGCCUCAGCUAUUAGUCUCCUCCCCGUACUCCUGUGUUUCCACAGCCACUGAAUCCCAUUAACAAAAACAAGCCUCUAUUUCUCUCUGUUAGCCCAUAUCCUUAAAGACCUUUAAUUUCUUUGGAGUUGAGUUUCUAAAUUCUGGCUCACCUAACUUUUGUUAUGGAGAGUACAUUUUCUCAUCUAAAAGCCUUUAAGCACUAUACCAAGUAGUAUGGUAAGAAAAGUUUAGAGGUGUCCUAAAGUCAUUGCUACUACCAAAGAAUGACUUUAGAAAGGAAAUACCAGCAUAGGACAGUGGUUCCCUGAGUUUCAGGCCAGUCUGGUCUAUAGAGCAAGUUGCAAGACAGCCAGGGAUAAGCAGAGAAAAACCGUGUCUGAAAAAACCAAACGAAACCAAACAAAUAAACAAAAAAAAACCCAAAACAAUAACAACAACAAAAACAAAACAAAAACCCAGCCACCAAAACCAAAACAACAAAAAAAAAAUAAAGAACUAUACAUAACUUAUUUAACCCUAAAGUAAGGACCCUGCUUCUCAAACAGGAGAAUACUAGUGUUCUCUUUCUCUGUUAGCUUUCAAGCUUAUAUGUUAUAUUAUUUAAUAACAAUAAAUUUAUAUAAUUCUAUACCCAAUCUGAUCUUUUGCAUGUAUCAUCUUUACCGCAGUGGGAAAAAAUGGAGGAGCUAAAGAGAGAAACGUCAUUGAAUUGUUUGUAUCAAUAACAGAAUCUGAUCCUUGCUAUUUCUAUUCAACAUUGAAUCAACACUUUUAAGACUUAGGUUACUAUGUGGAUGUGUGUAGACCUGGGUUUAUAUAUGUGCACCAUGUUUGUGCAGGAGCCUGUGGAGGCCAGAAGAGGGUAUAGAAUCCCCUAGAACUGGGGUUACAGGAGGUUGAGGGGCACUAUGUCUGUGCUCUGAACCAAAUCCAGAUUCAAAUCCAAAGCAGCAAGGGCUCUUUACUGCUGAGUCAUUUCUUCAGCAACUGAAUACAAAUUCACAGAGCAGAACAACAUGUUUAUAAACUCGCCUCUCUACGUUUGACUUGCACCUUUGUGACUGGGCAUCUUUAAGAAGGAUACCAUUCUUAUUGAGCAUUAAAAAACAAAGCCAGUGUUUCUGUUUAGUAUUGUAUCCUGGGAACAGAUGCUAGAGUUAGUCGAUUUCCCAGGCUGAUUCCUGAAGUGGAUGAGUUAAGGAUGCUUUGCCUUCUCUCCUGCUCCAUGCUGUGCAUCCCACCUUGCUAUUGGCCUUCUUGCCUCUCUAUGGAACCUUGGCAAAUGGAUCCUAGGGCUUCUUGGGUACAGCUCUCUCUUGGCAUUUGCCUUCAUGUUUACCUAUGACUUAUUAGGUGAAAUCUUGUGAAAAUCAAGCUUUUCUCUGCCUAGAAAGACUGUAGGAGCAAAAGGAAAAGACAAAUUUGGUAAAACUAAUGGCUAAUUUGAUAUUUUUUUCAUAUAUUUUUAAGUAUUUCCCCCCAACACAUCGUAAAUCCUCUCCACAUUUCUACACAACUGAGUUUAUGUCCUUUCCCUGUGUUUCAAUUAUAUCUCUAUAUCUAUCUAUCUAUCUAUCUAUCUAUCUAUCUAUCUAUCUAUCUAUCUAUCUAUCAGAACAAACAACCAAAAGCCCAAUAAGAUAAAAAACAAGCCAAAGGAAAGCAAAAUGAAACAAAACACCAACCAAAAACUUCUGAGUUCAUCUGUACUGUAGUGUCAUUGAUACACAUAGUAACAUUCCAUUGGAGAAAACUGUUUUUCCAUUUGCCAUUUAGUAUCAGUUGCAGAUAGCUUCUUGGUUAAGGGUUGGAAGCCCUGUCCACUUUCCCCUCUCAAUGUUGGCACCCCAUCUGGCUCGAACCUCUGCAAGUCUUCUGCAUAUUGCUAUAGUCUCUGUGAGUUCAUAUAUGCAGCAAUAUUGUUGUGUCUGGAAGAUGGUGUUUCUUUGGAGUAAUUCUUUACCUCUGGUUCCUAAAAUAUUCCUUCCCCCUCUUUUCAUACAUCAGUGAACAUUGAGGGGAGGGAUUUGAUGCACACAUCUAAUUUAAGACUGAGUGAUCAAAUGCUCUCCCUCUCUCUACACUCUCCAGGAGUUGACAGAUUUUAAUUUGAAAGUUAGAUCUAGGAAGAGGUCACUAUAAUGAUGUGCACACAAUCUCUUCCUGAAGAUGAGGAAUGAAAAGUAAAUUUAAAUAGAAGAAACGUUUCAAAACUGUGUGAUUAGUCAAGCCCAGUAAUAAGUGUGAAUGUUGGACUUGUUUCAUUCACUCUUAACUCAGAUCACACCUUUGGUGCUAAUUGGAACACUUUUAUUAAAAGAUGCAUUUGCAAUUUAGAACUGGAAGGUGAGCUUUUUCAAAUAAUUUAAAGCUUUCAUUAAAAAAUAUUUUCUGGGGUCAAAUAUUGGUAAUGUCCUAGGGAAAUAUAUUGAUGAGAAUGUUUUAAAAGGCCUGGUGUGGUGGUUCAUGCCUGUAAUGCCAGCACUCAGGAGGAUGAAAAGAUCACCAUGAAUCUGAAACCAGCUUUCAUGGAUCACAGAGUGACCUUAUCCAAUAUUCCCAGGAUAAAUGAAAUGUAUCAAGAUCUGCUAAUGGCUGCCUGUGAACAUGGGAAACUAGGAGAAUUGGUGAAGAGUGCUCUUGGAUAACCACCCUGGAUUCUGCCUCUCUUACCCACAUUCUACUUUCGACACAUGAUCAUGCCUUGGUAGAUGACUUGGGAGCCUAGAUUACCCUUAUAGGGUAAGAUGAACAACAUGGACAGCAGAGACUCACCUGCUCUUGUACUCUAAGUAGUGCAUUCACGUACUCCCAGGCUUUCUAAUGUCAGUAAAGACAAGGCUGACUUUAGAGACAAGAGGCCCCUUUGUGCCCUUCUAAGGCCUGGUUGUUGGGUUCUGUUCUGUUCUGUUCUGUUUUGUUUUGUUUUGUUUUGUUUUGUUUUGUUUUGUUUUGAGAUAAGGUCUCAUACAGCCUAUGCUAGUCUCAGAUUUGUUGUUUAGCUAAGUUGGCAACCUUUAACUCCUGAUCCUUCUGCCUCCUUCCUAAAUAGUAGAGAAGCGUCUGCUGCCAAGGCCAGAUUACAAGAGGAAAUUGAGACAGAUUCCUGCUUCUUUUAGUUUCCCUCCAGCCUUUGGUGGUGUAUACCUGGACCUCCCUCCAGUGUCGACACGACAUGAAUUUCAGAUUAUGAGAACCAGUGUGUACAUCACUUUUGUUGUGUAGGUGAUGGAAGACACAAUACACCUGUGUAACGUGUGUAAGGGGGUUCACAUGCCUGUGCAGCCAUCCUCUGACAGCAUAGAGAAGUAGCAAAGCCAGUUGCUAGACUGCACUUCUGCUCCUGUGCGCCACAGUUAAAUGUAUGGAGUUAUUCAGAGCAAGAGCUCUGAAACGGACUCUAUGAACGCUCAUUUAACAUCUGCCAGCUGGGUAGUUUAUCCAACCACAGCGACGUGAUACUGACACUAUGACAUCACACUCAGAGCAGCUGACAGACUCAAAGAGGAGAUAUACAUAAAAUGUUUAGGAAAGGACAUAGCUGUCUUCAUUGCUCUAUAAAGCUCACAGGCAUUAAUAUAAUUAGUUCAUUGGUUUGCUUACCAUAGAAAUGGAUCUCACUUUACAUUAUGGUGCACAUAAUAUAUCUUUUGGUGGCAUCUAUUGAAGGUUCACUUGUCAAUCCAGCACUCAGGAGCAGGGAGUUGCAGGAGCGUUGAGGUUCGUCAAUAGCAGGAUACAGAACAUAGUGAGUACUAGGCCAGUCAAGACUGCAUAGCAAACUCUCUGUGAAAAGAACCAAAACAGGUCAGGGAGAGGCAGAUGUAGACCGAAUUGCAAUUAAAAGAGCAAUCUUCUAUCACUUUGAGAACAUAAACAAUCAAUUUAUAUAAUUGCCAUGCACACGUAAUUAUUGGCAACACUCCACUUCCAGGCUUUCAUGUGGGAGAAGGAAUAGCAGCCUCUUUCAGACAAGUUAUAUCUGAGAAUGCAAAGAAAAAGUGAACAAGAAAUGUUUCCUACAAACAUCUCUGGAGAACUUUCUAAAGUUUCCAUGCUGCCAACAAAGAAGGUGUGAGAUGCCAUUGUCACUAUCCAAAAAGAUUCCACCACACACACAUACACACACACAUGCUUACACAUACACACAAAUAUAUACACAUAUACAUACAUACACAUAUAAAAACAUGCAUACAUGUACAAACAUAUAAACACAUGUACAUGCAUAUGCACACAAACACACACACACAUACACACAGGCACACAUGUACACACAUAUACAUGCACACAUACCUAAACACAGACACAUAUACACAUGAAAUGCACACAGACACACAGAGAAACCACUAGACAUAGUGUGUGAAGUAGAGUAGAGUAACAACAGAGAAAAGUGAGACAUGGCGUUGCUGUAACUUAUUCAACUCCUACCUUUGUUUUACAGACAUCAGAAAAUUAAUGAAAUCAUACUGGCCCAUGAAUAGAUGAUAAAUAUUUAUUGAAAAAUUGGAUGUGAUACUUAAAGUUACUGUAGUCCCACAGUCUUCCUAAAAGCAAUACAUCUUUAUUUCAAGGGGAGGGAUUUUUCACAGAGCUUCAUUUAGCCCCAUACCAUUUAAAUGCUAUUUAAAUGAGAGUAAAACGCAAGGCGCCUCCCAGGAAAGAAUGCCAGACUUCCAGCAUUUCUCCAGGACUAAUUCAUCCUUUUGUUUUCCAUCUUUAUUAACUUGAGUAUUUCUUAUUUACAUUUCAAAUGUUAUUCCCUUUCUUGGUUUCCAGGCCAACAUCUUCCUAGCCCCUCCCCCUCCCCUUCUAUAUGGGUGUUCCCCUCCCCAUCCUCCCCCCAUUGCCACCCUCCCCCCAACAGUCUAGUUCACUGGGGGUUCAGUCUUAGCAGGACCCAGGGCUUCCUCUUCCACUGGUGCUCUUACUAGGAUAUUCACUGCUACCUAUGAGGUAGGAGCCCAGGGUCAGUCCAUGUAUAGUCUUUAGGUAGUGGCUUAGUCCCUGGAAGCCCUGGUUGGUUGGCAUUGUUGUUCAUAUGGGGUCUCGAGCCCCUUCAAGCUCUUCCAGUUCUUUCUAAGAUUCCUUCAACGGGGGUCCCGUUCUCAGUUCAGUGGUUUAAUGAUGGCAUUUGCCUCUGUAUUUGCUGUAUUCUGGCUGUGUCUCUCAGGAGAGAUCUACAUCCGGCUCCUGUCAGUCUGCACUUCUUUGCUUCAUCCAUCUUGUCUAAUUGGAUGGCUGUAUAUGUAUGGGCCACAUGUGGGGCAGGCUCUGAAUGGGUGUUCCUUCUGCCUCUGUUCUAAACUUUGCCUUUCUCUUCCCUGCCAAGGGUAUUCUUGUUCCCCUUUUAAAGAAGGAGUGAAGUAUUCGCAUUUUGGUCAUCCUUCUUGAGUUUCAUGUGUUCUGUGCAUCUAGGGUAAUUCAAGCAUUUGGGCUAAUAGCCACUUAUCAAUGAGUGCAUACCAUGUGUGUUUUUCUGUGAUUGGGUUACCUCACUCAGGAUGAUAUUUUCCAGUUCCCUCCAUUUGCCUACGAAUUUCAUAAAGUCAUUGUUUUUGAUAGCCGAGUAGUAUUCCAUUGUGUAGAUGUACCACAUUUUCUGUAUCCAUUCCUCAGAUGUUGAAGGGCAUGUGGGUUCUUUCUAGCUUCUGGCUAUUAUAAAUAAGGCUGCUAUGAACAUAGUGGAGCACGUGUCUUUGUUAUAUGUUGGAGCAUCUUUUGGGUAUAUGCCUAAGAGAGGUAUAGGUGGAUCCUCAGGCAGUUCAAUAUCCAAUUUUCUGAGGAACCUCCAGACUGAUUUCCAUGAGUGGUUGUACCAGUCUGUAAUCCCACCAACAAUGGAGGAGUGUUCCUCUUUCUCCACAUCCUUGCCAGCAUCUGCUGUUGCAGAGUUUUUGCUCUGGUUUUCUGACUGGUGUGAUAUAUCAAAAUAUCAGAGUUGUUUUGAUUUGCAUUUCCCCUAUGACUAAAGAUGUUGGACAUUUCCAACCAUUCGACAUUCCUCAGCUGUGAAUUCUUUAUUUAGCUCUGAACCCCAUUUUUUAAUAGGGUUAUUUGUCUCCUUACAGUCUAACUUAGUGGGAUUCUUUGUAUAUUUUGGAUAUAAGCCCUUUUUCAAUUCCAGGAUUGGUAAAGAUAUUUUCCCAAUUUGUUAGUUGCCAUUUUGUCUUAACAACAGUGUCCUUUGCCUUACAGAAACUUUGUAGUUUUAUGAGAUCCCAUUUGUCGAUUCUUGAUCUUAGAGCAUAAGCCAUUGGUGUUUUGUUCAGGAAAUUUUCUCCAGUGCCCAUGUAUUCGAGAUGCUUCCCCACUUUUUCUUCUAUUAGUUUGAGUGCAUCUGGCUUGAUGUGGAGGUCCUUGAUCCACUUGGACUUAAGCUUUGUACAGGGUGAUAAGAAUGGAUUGAUCUGCAUUCUUCUACAUGUUGACCUCCAGUUGAACCAGCACCAUUUGCUGAAAAUGCUAUCUUUUUUCCAUUGGUUGGUUUUGUCUCCUUUGUCAAAAAUCAAGUGACCAUUGGUGUGUGGGUUCAUUUCUGGGUCUUCAAUUCUAUUCCACUUGUCUAUCUGUCUGUCUCUGUACCAAUACCAUACAGUGUUCUAUCACUAUUGCUCUGUAAUACUGCUUGAGUUCAGAGAUAGUGAUUCCCCCUGCAGUCCUUUUAUUGUUGAGGACAGUUUUAGCUAUCCUGGGUUUCAUCCCAGGUAUGCAGGGAUGGUUUAAUAUACAGAAAACUAUCAACGUAAUCCACUAUAUUAACAAACUGAAAGAUAAAAACCACAUGGUCAUUUCAUUAGAUGCUGAAAAAGUAUUUGACAAAAUUCAACACCACUUCAUGGUAAAAGUCCUAGAAAGAACAGGAAUUCAAGGCCCAUACCUAAACAUAGUAAAAGCCAUAUACAGCAAACCAGUUGCUAACAUUAAACUAAAUGGAGAGAAACUUGAAGCAAUCCCACUAAAAUCAGGGACUAGACAAGGCUGCCCACUCUCUCCCUACUUAUUCAAUAUAGUUCUCGAAGUUCUAGCCAUAGCAAUCAGACAACAAAAGGAGAUCAAAGGGAUUGGAAAGGAAGAAGUCAAAAUAUCACUAUUUGCAGAUGAUAUGAUAGUAUAUUUAAGUGAUCCCAAAAGUUCCACCAGAGAACUACUAAAGCUGAUAAACAACUUCAGCAAAGUGGCUGGCUAUAAAAUUAACUCAAAUAAAUCAGUAGCCUUCCUCUACACAAAAGAGAAACAAGCCGAGAAAGAAACCCUUCAUAAUAGUCCCAAAUAAUAUAAAAUACCUCAGUGUGACUUUAACCAAGCAAGUGAAAGAUCUGUAUGAUAAGAACUUCAAGCCUCUAAAGAAAGAAAUUGUAGAAGAUCUCAGAAGAUGGAAAGAUCUCCCAUGCUCAUGGAUUGGCAGGAUUAAUAUAUUAAAAAUGGCCAUUUUACCAAAAGCGAUCUACAGAUUCAGUGCAAUCCCCAUGAAAAUUCCAAUCCAAUUCUUCAUAGAGUUAGACAGAACAAUUUGCAAAUUCAUCUGGAAUAACAAAAAAACCCAGGAUAGCUAAAACUAAUUCAUCCUUUAACAUUGACUACAUUGUUUCCUUUCUUAGCUCUGAAAGGAAACACAUCUUUUCAUUGUUUUCUUCUCUCAGGUGUCCUCAGUGUCUGAGCCUCGAUUGUUUCUCCUUGAAGUUAAAAUGUUUCUAGAUAUACUCACCUCUCUACACCUUUCUUCCUGUUGUUCAUGCAGUUUAAUUUUGCAAAAUCCCUUAACAGUCAGGCUUCCUGGAUAACUUAGUUGCAAUUCUUCCAUUCUGGAAGAACAGCUUUUUCCACUGCCCUGUGUCUUUCCUGUAUUUGUUGCCUUUAGAUAUCUCUGUUAGUGCUUAAAAUUUUUUGUUCCUUUUUGAAUCAAUUCAAACCACAUUAGAAGAAAAAUUAUUUUUAGUAACAUUUGCUUCCAGUGUUUCUUGGUGCUGACUAAGGCAACUUAGGGGAGAAAGGAUUUGUUUUAGUUCACAGUUCUCAGUUUUAGUCAAUCUGUGAGGAAGUCAAGACUACAGGAACUUGAAGUAGCUGAAAGAGGCCACUGACAAGAGCAGGGAGAGAAUGAAUGAAUGAAUGAAUGCAUGAAUGCAGGCUUGUAGUUAGGGCCCUUCUCUCCACUCAUUCAGCUCAAGAUUUGCUGCCUAGGAAAUGGUGCUACGCAGGCUGGGCAAGUUUCCCCAGCUCAGUUAAUAUAAUCUGUAUACCUUCUACAUCACAGGCACAAUCUAAUUAAGACAAUCCAUCCUUGAUAUUCCCUUUCCCAGGUGAUUCUAUAUUGUUUCUAGUUGACCAUUCAAACUAAACAUCACAUGAUAUAUGGAAAAUGGAUGGGACACAAAGAACCAACAAUAUUUGCAGAACUAGAACAUGUUUUUCCUCCUAAUUCUUGCACAUCUGCCUGUCAUCUUGAAGCCAUUUGUGCUGCCGUCCGUGAUUUCUGAACUGUGAUGGUCUAAUAACACCACUUGUUCCUUAAAAGCUGCCCCUGCUUCUAAUUAAAGCAACUAUUUGACACCAAUGGAGUAGAGUCCAGACCUUGCUCCGUGUCUUUCCAGAUCUAACGUGGGUCACCGUGGGCCUUGGGUCAUGUAUCUCCUGUUCCAUCACACCCACACUGAAUUCAUGUUUCUCAAGAAUAGAUUUUAUUUUUACAUAAAAGCUUUACGAUUCCUUCUCUCUUUCUUUUUUCUUUCCGUCUACCAUGGCCUGGCUACUUAUAUACCAUAUUCAAAAUGAGAUAUUAUUUUAUUCUAAACAUCAUGGCUGGAUUUCCCCACUAGGUCUAGCCAUAGCCUGAGUUGAUACUUUUGCCUAUGUGAUCUAAGUGGGUCAGAAUGUGAUUCUUCUAUGUACCAAAUUAUUUGGUUUUCUCACAUGUAUUUAUUGGGGGUAGGGUGAUAGGUGCAUGUAGGGAUAUACAUAGAGGCCUUAUUAUUAUGAUACCAUUUGUGCAGGUCCAGAUCUUCCCUUCUACCAUGAAUGUCCUGGAACCCAAUUAAACUCUCUGACUUAGGCAAUUGUACUGGCAACCAAGUCGUAACUUUAGACGGAGGCAGACUUACCAUCAGGAUCAGAGUCUGAAGCUAAGUGUGCUGCCUCCGUCUAUAAUCCCAUCACCGAGGAAGAUGAAGCAGGGGGUUGCUAGUUCUGGCUAGCUUGGACUAGAGUUGAAACUCUGUCACAAGAAAAAAAGACAAUAGAAGAACCUACAGAUUUCAUUAAGUUGUAGAUCAGCCCCAGUGUUUCUGAUUCACUGGACCCAGGAAGAGUCUCGCAGAGUUGAUUUUCUAACUGCUACUGUUGAUGUUAGUGAUGCUGUUUCAGUGAUUGAACUUGGUAGGACAUUUGUUUAUCGGUUUUGCUAAGUUCUCUGUUCAAUGUCUUCAGAGUAAUUAGUGGGAGUACACACUCAGCAUUGCCAUGAGUUAGUGCACAAUUCAGGGCAGCUAAUCAUCCUUUCACACUUUGAGUGCUUUUGUGGCACUGUUAACUGGCCAUGGCGAGAGAAUGGGAACUGUUCGAAGAAUGGGGAUUACAUUGGUUUUACUAGGACUAUGGCAUGAUGGCCUUUCAGAUAUUCUAAUUCAUCCCCCUAUGUUCUUGGUAUUCUAUGGAGCGUUUCUUGCCAAUAGGUGACUCAGAAACUAGAACUUCCAAUUCUAAGAGGAUUUCUGAGGUGACUUAAAAGAGAUGGAAGGCUGGAAAACAGAAGUCCGUGACCUUAGAUAGGUGGGACCACUUUCCUUGGUAGACUAGGCGCAGAAGCAUAGUUUCGCCCACCUGGGUUUUGAGAAUGUCUCACACCAUGAAGGUGGUUGAAAAGCUCUCAGGGAGAACUUUCCCUCGGGAUGGAGACCCUCCAACUCCAAAGACCAGACCGAGACACCACAGGAUGCAAUCAGCAAGAGGAUUUGGUUUAUUGUCGGGAUACACAGGCACAGGCACCUGCGGGCACUUCAGUCACUCGGGGGACUGGCGCGCCCCACGGAACCAAGGAUGGGCUUUUUAUAGGAUUUUGGGGAGCAGAAGCAAGCAUACGGAAGCAGAUGCAUGGUUACAGGGAUAUAAUUGGUGGAUUCUAAUGUGGCAAGGGUUCAGCCGGGGGGCAAGUUUCCUAGCUACCUUCCUGAAACAUAAGGACUGACUCGGCCCCCCAAGGGUUCAGCCCGGGGGCAAGUUUCUUAGCUACCUUUCUGGAACAUAACGGCUGACUCGGCCCCCCCACCAGGGUGUGGGACCUCUCCCGGGGUCGUCCUGUUGCCAGGCCUUCAACCAAACACAUCUUGCUUGGCAGCCGCUGUGUACUCAGUGUUCUAACCUUUCUCUGAACCAGUCAUCUUAAGUACAGCCUUGCAAAAUGGCAUUACUGCUGCUAAGCUGGGGUCUUUCAGUGGUAAAGAAGGUCUGGGGAGAAAGAUGGCUGCAACCAUUUAUAGGGUUGGAAGUUACUGAACCAUGUUUUCUCUUCUGGUUCUCUUUUCUGGAGUUACUUUGCCUGGCUUCAGGUAAAGCUGGGAGGUGUAGUCUUUUAGCAGGAAACUAUCAUUUCAAAAUCUAAGGAGACUAGAAAACUGGAGAUGCAGAAAAAUGGGGGCAUAGGCUCUUAAGUUGUUUCCUGCUGAGGAGGGUCACUGUUGGAAGCUCAGUGCUGUUGAAGAAAGGAGUCUUGUGCUCAGUCAGCCGGAGGGAAGUUUUAACUCAGUUGGUUCUGAUGGACCACGUGAUUGCCACCCUGCAACUCUGGAGAAACCUUUGAAUAACAAUCUGUAAGCAGAUGAUUUGGUAGCAGAGUAAAACUGAGAUUUUCCAGGAAAGUGGGCAGAAAUGGAGGUGCAGCAGUGGGAGGGAUGGAGUGAGUCAGAGGAAGUGGGCAUGGAGUUGAUGCAUAGAGCCUAGUCCCACUGCUGGACUGCGGCAUCACAGUGAGCUAGCAAAAGCAACAGAACACCAAAAGACAGAAAGGAGAGGAAAAUACAGGACUAUUGUAAAGAAUUGUAUCUGGCCUGGGGUGAAGGUUGAAGGUCCCCUGCAGCCAGCGUUUCUCCACGGUGCCUGAAAAGUUCUUCUGCUGAUAUCUCAGGGAACAAGUAGAACAAAUUGAGCUGCUUGUGGAGUGAGAGCCAUUGGGAGAAUUUAUGUGGAACAUUCGGUUUGGUUAAAGAGUGAAGUUCAGUAAGUAAAACAGUUAAAAGACAGGGACGAAGUGAACAAAGGCAGAAUCCUAGCACGGGAGGAGCAGGAAUCCCUUAGUUAGGAGGAGGCUGUGAUUGAAGUUUUUAUGUUCCCAGUGUGUGGGGCCUCAUGUGAAAGCAGAUAUGAGUAUUGGUGUGGAAGCAGCACUGGUCCUGGGGAGGGCGCACAUCCACCAUUAGCUGUGCUCAGACCCCUUUACUUCAGAAUACUGCAGCAAGCAAGGAGUCUAGCUGGCCGUGGAUGGUGAGCUGAUCUGAGAUUUCUCCAAGGACUCCUCUGAGAGCUGUCAAGACAGGUUACUUAAUUCAAAGUAGACCUCAGUCCAGCUGUUUUAAUUCUGAAUCUUGAAAAUAAUACCUAGAGUGGCAAGAAGACAGAUAAGUUGGAUAAGCCAUGAUUCACUGGUCACCUUAACUGCUUUUAGGGCCUGGGGGUGCCAAUCUCUCUUUCUGCUUCAAGCUGAUAUAAGUUGACAGUGGUGGUCAGCAGUUAAGAGUUCAUCAGAAGAAAUCUAUCUAGAGGGCCAUGAUAAAAGGUGACAAAGACCCAGAAGCUAAGUCAGGAGGUAAAACUGUACAACUUUUUGAGGACAAAGAAAGAAAGUAACAUCAAGGUUAGAAUUAGUCAAUAUAAGGUGAAACAAAAUUAACACAAGGUAAAAUCCAACUGAUUUUUGAAUCUUAUUAUCCACAAACUUUAAGUUCACUUUAAAUUUAUCUUGAAUUCCUUGCUUUAGGGUUAAUUUUCAGAACAUAUAGAGAGAGUGAUAUAUAGGGAGAAAUACACUGGUCUCUCCCUCUAAGCUUAUCUCUAUAAAUAAAUUACACUCGUACUUAGCAUGAUUGUAACAUAGUUUUGAGGCAUAUUAAAAAAUGUGACUGUUUACAACAGAACUGAUCAUUAACUUAUACAAUGUUAAUUAUCUUUGAUAGUUAAUAACUUGUAGGCCUGGCAUCUCCAUCUUAAUCCAGGGAAAAGAAACCCUGGUGAAGGCCUGGUGUUGUCUUUGUGCUCUAAUGAGAAGGAGAUAUAAUGCUAACCAGGGGAUGCAGAAGGGUACCGCCAUAAUUGGUUUAUGCUACAGGGUCAAAUUAACCAAGACGGUGGUGAAGUCACAUGGCAUGCCUUCUUUGUAACCAUAGUAAAAAUAGUGGCCAAGUGUCAUGGCUGUUUUCAUCUUGAUGAGGGCAAUAGGGUGACGGCCAAUCACAUGGUGGCUUCCAUCUUGCUGAGGUCAUUGGUCAGGAACAUAAUUGUUCUUUAUUCAGGGAAGUGCAGCACCUUGAGCAGGUAAUCAUAUCAAACACACCUGUUUUUUGUUUGUUUGGUUUUUGCUUUUGCUUCAGAAAACAUCUCUUUUUCCUAACCAAGAGUUGAAUCCAAGUUACAUAUGAGGGACUGAAGUUGGCCCAAGACACCCCAGACCGAGUUCUCAGCACAAAGGAGGUUUAUUGGUCCUAGAGGGUCAAAAGGCAGGGGAUAAAAGACAAAGACAGGUGAUAGAGAAACAGGAAGAAGGGGAAAGGAAAAUGGGGUAGGGGGAGAGUAUUUGUCCUAGACAGACAAAGGACUGCUUCUGGAUAGAGAGGAGACAGGUGUGGCCCAUAAGCAGAUUGCAGUUUAUGAAAUGAAAAGGGGAAACCCCAUGUUAGGAUGAGGUAUUUAACUUUGAUUGGGCAUGGUAAUUAGGGGAGCUGAAAGGGGCUUUUAAUUGUUGGACUUCAGUACUUUGAUAGCUUGACCUUUGGUGGUCAGCAUCAAGAGGAAGAGGUGGCCAUAUAAGGAAAUGGACAUUGGUGGCAAGCAUUAGCAAUGUAAUCUAAUGGUUUAUCAAGGUACAGGGAAUGAGGAUGAAGUGCAAAAGCUGUUGGUGACAUGUUUGCCAUGCUGAGGCCUGCUAGAGCCCUUCAACCUAUAUGGUAAACCUGUAGCAGGUUAAGAUUACUUGUACAUGGACUUUUAACUGUUAAUCCCUUUUUGGAACAAAUUCUAAGUUAACUUUUUUCUUGCUUUACAGCCUUUUAAACUAUAUUCCCAAUGGUUUUAUAGAUCCUGAGGUAAAGAAAGUUUUCAUUUCAUCCAAAGCUUCAAAGAUACCCACAACCUUGAAAGCUUUAGUAAACAAAACCAGCGUCUUAGUUAGGGUUUCAAUUGCUGUGAAGGGGCACCAUGACCAUGGCAACUCUUAGGAAGGAAAACAUUUAAUGGGGGCUGACUUACUGGUUUCAGAAGUUAAGUCCAUUAUCGUGGUGGGAAGCAUAACUGUGGCAGCAUGCAGACAGACAUGGUGCAGAAGGAACUGAGAGUCCUACAUCUUGAUCUGCACCCAGCAGAAAGAGAUGAUGAGCCAUUAAGCCUGGCUUGACCUCCUGAGCCUUCACGACCCGCUCCCAGUGACAUACUUCCCCCAACAAGACCAUGUGCACUUCAACAGGGCUACACCUCCUAAUAGCGCUGCUCCCUAUGGGCCUACAGGGGAAAGGGGAGGUCAUUUUUAUUCAAACAAGCACAAUCAAAAUGGGGGUAGUAUGCUUAGCACUAAAAGACAUAUUUAGGCUUUGGAGGGGGCAGAAACAAAGGCAGACCUGUAAGGGUCCAUGAUUGGCUAAAGAAUGAUACCCCAAACUUCAAAAGCAAAGAGCGUUUUAUUCUGCAGGAGUCCAGGACACUGGGACCUGCGGUCUACCAAGAUGCAGGUGGUCCAGUAAGUUCUCAGGCCCUAUUUAAAACACAUUAGGGGCAUUCUGGGAGGGGUAGGUGAACUCUAUCUUAAUCUGUUGGCUCUAAGAACAGUCUAGUACCAUGACUGGGGCAUGGGGGCCUGGAAACCGUUGCUGGGGAGGUCUGGAAACUAUUGCUGAUCCACUGUCCUUGCCUCAGGCCAGGUGGCAGGGCAGCUUCUGAUGGCAGGGCAGGCUACCCGAGGCCUGGGCUUUUUUCAGGAACUGACUUGCCUGGACUUGCCCAGUUCUUGGAAACAGAGAUUUAGGCCUAGUCUCCUGAACUGCCAAUUUGAAGCCUAUCAUGGAGUCAGCCUAGUCUGUCUCAGGCCAAAGGCAUAAGACAAAAGGAUCGUUUCUUAUCUCAGGAACUGUAAUGAUACAAAUUUAGAGGACCAAUAGAAGGAGCAGUAGUUUCCUCCUGUAGUCCCUUCCUUUUGGAAUUACCUUGUCUGGAUGCAAGGGAAACUGGGAGAUGUAGUCUUUUGGCAGGAAACUCUUAUUCUACAAGCAACUUAGUUUACUCUAAGAAUUACAAUGAAUAGCAACACACACCACCCGUUGACCUCUGUGGCUUGAAUUCCAUCCUGAAUAAAAGCAGUUACAGUCAUACAUUUUCCCCAAGAAAGGCAGAAACAGAUACCUUUGUUUAACAAGGUAUUUUUAUAUGAAGAAUUUAAUUUUCAGUUCUUUGCAUUCACACAAAGCUUCUUGUUUUGAGGAGUUAUUUCUGCUUUUGUUUGUCUUUCCAAUCCUGCUCUUCUCUUUGGCUUUCAAACUUAGAAUUUUGUGUUUGCUCAUUUGUUUAGCAAAUGCUUCCCAUCCUCUGCCAAGUGGUAAGCAUUUUUGUCAUGGAGGUGAUGCUUCAUUAAGAACAAAAUCCAUGCUUCCUAAAGCCUUAAACAUUGUAUUUUCUACAAUGUAUUAGCUUCCUCGGUCCUUUGCCUAAUUUGAGCUUCUGCUGGUAUGCAUGGUGUCUAAUUGAACUUUGAUUCUGUAGUUCAAUAUCUAGUGCCAUGUGGUAGUCACUUGUGAAUGAUUAGUAUUUACACAGGUCAUUCUUUUUUUUUUUUUUUUUUUAAAGAUUUAUUCAUUUAUUAUAUACAAGUACACUGUAGCUGUCUUCAGACCCACCAGAAGAGGGCACCAGAUCUCUUUAUAGAUGGUUGUGAGCCACCAUGUGGUUGCUGGGAAUUGAACUCAUGACCUCUGGAAGAGCAGUCGGGUGCUCUUAACCGCUGAGCCAUCUCUCCAGCCCUACACAGGUCAUUCUUAUUAUUAGAGUAAGCAAUGGAGGUGAGCAUCAAUGACUAUAAAGGGCUCGUCCAUGACAUCGGCUCUAGUUAAUAGUCUGUGAAUUACCAUUUCAACUAGCCCAUCAAUUAUGGGAGCCUUUUAUGUCAGGAUCCAGACUUCAAGCUUCUUGGGAAGUUUUACUUCUUUUGGGAACUCAUUUGUUUGCCUUGGUUUUGUAUGAGGCUAGGGUACUUAAAACUAGAUAGUGCUAAAGACUAUCAUUUACCAAACUCACCAUGUUCUUGCUUUGUUUCAGUUAUCCUUAAAAAGAAGAGGAAGUAAAGAUUUGCCAAAAUCGGAAAAAAA